GCCGCUGGCGCGUGGGAAAGCGAGCGAGCCGAGGGGCGGGCAGCCCCGCGCUGCCUCGGCUGGAGUAGCCGCGCGGAGUUGAGCCUCCUUUGGUGGCCCUUAGGAUCCUGCAGCAUGGAGACCCCGCCCUUCUUCUGGCUGGCGCUGAUGCUGUGGCUCCUGCCGGAUCUGCUCGCCGGGACUGGGGCGCUGCGAGGCAGUGAGAAUGGUGAAACCCUCCCAGAGUCCAUCCCGUCUGCUCCUGGGACACUGCCCCACUUUCUGCAAGAGCCAGACGAUGCGUAUAUAAUCAAAAGCAACCCUAUUGUGUUGCGCUGCCGAGCUGUGCCUGCAAUGCAAAUCUUCUUCAAGUGCAAUGGGGAGUGGGUGCACCAAAAUGAGCAUGUCUCUGAGGAGAGCAUGGACGAAAGUACAGGCUUGAAGGUUCGUGAGGCAUACAUCAAUGUGACAAGGCAGCAAGUAGAAGAUUUUCAUGGGCCAGAGGACUACUGGUGUCAGUGUGUUGCAUGGAGCCACUUAGGGACUUCAAAGAGCAGAACUUCGGUCCGCAUAGCCUAUUUGCGCAAGAACUUUGAGCAAGACCAGGGGAGGGAAGUUCCCAUUGAAGGGAUGAUUGUGCUCCACUGCCGCCCACCAGAGGGAGUGCCUGCCGCCGAGGUGGAAUGGCUGAAGAAUGAAGAACCCGUUGAUGCUGAGCAGGAUGAGAACAUUGACACCCGAGCAGAUCACAACCUGAUCAUCCGCCAAGCGCGCCUCUCCGAUUCUGGGAACUACACAUGUAUGGCAGCCAACAUUGUUGCCAAGAGAAGAAGCCUGUCGGCCACUGUUGUGGUGUACGUGAACGGAGGCUGGUCUUCAUGGACAGAGUGGUCCAAUUGCAACGUACGAUGUGGCAGAGGGUGGCAGAAGAGGUCACGGACCUGUACAAACCCAGCCCCUCUCAACGGAGGUGCCUUCUGCGAAGGAAUGUCUGUGCAGAAAAUUACCUGCACUUCAUUGUGCCCUGUGGAUGGCGGCUGGGAGGUGUGGAGUGAAUGGUCAGUCUGCAGUCCCGAGUGUGAGCACAUGAGGAUCCGGGAAUGUACUGCUCCACCUCCACGGAAUGGUGGGAAAUUCUGUGAAGGUCCAAGCCAAGAGUCAGAGAACUGCACUGAAGGACUUUGCAUUCAAGAUAAAAAGCCUCUUCACGAAAUUAAACCCCAAAACAUUGAGAAUGCCACGGACAUUGCCUUGUACUCAGGUCUGGGUGCUGCCGUCAUUGCAGUGGCUGUCAUUGUCGUUGGUGUGACUCUCUACAGACGGAGCCAGAGUGAAUAUGGUGUGGAUGUGAUUGACUCAUCUGCCCUAACAGGAGGCUUCCAGACAUUUAAUUUUAAAACUGUCCGACAAGGUAACUCCUUGCUUUUGAACUCAUCCAUGCAGCCUGACCUGACCGUGAGUAGGACCUACAGUGGACCCAUUUGCCUUCACCCCAUCGACAAGGAGCUUAUGACUGAAUCAUCUCUCUUCAACCCACUGACUGACAUUAAGGUCAAAGUUCAGAGUUCAUUUAUGGUUUCUUUGGGCGUGACCGAACGAUCAGAGUACCACGGAAAAACACAUUCUGGGACAUUUCCACAUGACAGUAACAGGACCUUCCAUCCCAUACAUGCAAAAAACAAAUCUGCAUACAUUCAGAAUCUCUCGUCGCUCUCCAAAAGAAGCGAGAUGAGGGCCACGGGUAUCUUUGGCCACCUGGGAGGACGUUUAGGAAUCCCAAACACAGGAGUUAGCCUGCUGAUUCCACAUGGAGCCAUCCCUGAAGAAGCAUCUUGGGAGAUCUACCUUGCCAUCAACCAAGACGAAGCCAGCUUGCAACCGGAAGGCAGCGAAGUCCUCCUUGGACCACAAGUAACUUGCGGCCCUCCGGACGUGACCGUCUCCACCCCAUUUGCCUUGACAAUACCACACUGUGCAGAAGCGAAUUCUGAGCACUGGAACGUCCACCUGAAAAAGAAAAAGCUCCAGGGCAAAUGGGAGGAAGUCAUGUCUGUGGAAGAGGAAACUACUUCCUGUUACUGCCUCCUGGACCCAUAUGCCUGUCACAUUCUUUUGGACUCUUUUGGAACUUAUGCUCUCACUGGGGAGCCCCUCUCUGAUUGUUCCGUUAAAGAACUGAAAGUUGCAGUCUUUGGCUGUAUGUCUUGCAACUCACUGGAUUACAGUCUAAGAGUGUAUUGCAUCGAUAACACUCCCUGUGCAUUUCAGGAAGUGAUUUCAGAUGAAAGGCACCAAGGGGGGCAGUUGCUGGAAGAACCAAAGCUGUUGCAUUUCAAAGGGAAUACUUUCAGUCUUCAGAUCUCUGUCCUUGAUAUCCCUCCUUUUCUCUGGAGAAUCAAACCAUUCACAGCAUGUCAGGAAGUUCCUUUCUCUCGCGUGUGGCGCAGUAACCAGCAGCCACUCCACUGUGCCUUUUCACUGGAGCGCUACACUCCUGCCACCACUCAGCUCUCGUGCAAAAUCUGUGUCAGACAAGUCAAGGGCCAUGAACAAAUCCUGCAGAUCCAGACAUCAAUUCUCGAGAAUGAAAAGGAAACCCUCGCUUUCUUUGCACAUGAUGACAGUAACUUUCCCGCUCAGAUGGGUCCGCAAGCCUUCAAGAUUCCCUACUCCAUCAGGCAAAGGAUAUGCGCAACUUUUGACACACCCAGCGCCAAAGGCAAAGACUGGCAGAUGUUAGCACAGAAAAACAGCAUCAACAGGAAUUUGUCUUACUUUGCUACCCAGCGCAGCCCAUCUGCUGUUAUUUUGGACUUGUGGGAAGCCAGGCAUCAGCACGAUGGUGACUUAGACUCUCUAGCCUGUGCAUUGGAAGAGAUAGGAAGGACACAGCCCAAAAACGCUAAUCUAACAGAAACUCAAAUUGAGGAGUCCAACUUCAGCUACAGCAGACAAAAUGGACUUUAGUCAUCACUUUCGAAGAACCGAUAGCCAGCUUGGACUUUGUAACUGGGGCAAUUCCUGUGAGCCGGAAGAAACCAUGUGCUACAAUCACACACCAUUCCCAUGAUUCAUUGGCUCUCUCCUUCACGCCAUCAAACCAAUUUGCAUCUGGAGGAACAGAAGAAGCUGGCAAGCCAGAAAGAAGACCCGGGCCCCUCUACACAACUGUUGCUGUAAGAGGGGGGGG